CAUGGUUAGUAAAUUCGCAACUGCCUCUGAAAAGGUUUUCAGAUUCAAUAAACUUAAGGAUAAUUUUGACAGGGUUCAUGAGUACCUACGUGUCUCGUUGACCGAAGCAUGUAACUUGAAGUGUUCAUAUUGUCGGCCGAUUAAUUUACUAUCAUGUCCGAGCAGCAAUGCUAUCUCAACAAGCCAUCUACUAUUUCUCGCCACCUACUUCGUACAUCGCGGUGUGACGAAGAUUCGACUGACCGGAGGCGAGCCGCUCUUGCGAAGGGACCUCGUAGACAUUGUCGAAUCACUGGACGGUAUCAGAAAACGGAAUCGGACGUUGAAAACACUGUGCAUGACUACUAAUGGAGUGGGAUUUGCCAAGAAGGCCAAGGUCUUACGGGAUUGCGGUCUUGAUUCUGUCACCAUCAGUUUGGACAGUCUGAAACCGGAACGAGUGCAGAAGUUGACUGGGUACCCAGUGUUUAAAUCAACCAUAGCUGCAAUUCACAGUGCAUUGGAGCAAGGAUAUUCCCCCGUUAAGGUGAACUGCGUAGUCAUGCGUGGCUUUAAUGAGGACGAAAUCUGCGAAUUCGCCAAACUCACAGAACAUUUGCCACUUGAGGUUCGCUUCAUCGAGUACAUGCCAUUUGGUGGCAAUCAAUGGGAAUGGAAGAAACUUGUCAGUUUUGAUGAAAUGCUCACGGCAAUUCAACAGACGUAUCCAGAUACCAAAAGGCUGCUCAGAUCACCAAGUUCUACCGCAAAAUUGUAUCAGAUCAAUAACUGGCCUGGAACUGUUGGGUUCAUCACUUCCAUGACUGCCAACUUUUGCGCUGGAUGCACUCGGCUUCGCCUCACUGCGGACGGGCAGCUCAAGGUGUGCCUUCAUGGUAAGGAAGAAAGUAAUCUGGUGCAGGUUGUUAAAGAAGCUCAAGUUGACUCAAAUAUUAUGCGAUCCUUUCGCGUCGACGGAUUGGCUUCAUGCACAGGUCAGGAGCAGCUGCAUCCAUUGUUUGACAGCUUGAAUGCGGUGGUGAACUCAGCAUUGGCAGGGAAAAGAAAGCAACAUGCGAGUCCGCACGAGCUAGCUGCAGCCGAAAACAGACCGAUGAUCCGCAUUGGAGGCUAACCAAUUACGCUGCGCAGAAAGCACCGGAUUCAUCGUUAAACUGUUAAUUUGCGUGUUUGGC